UAAAAGAGACGAAGAACAGGUGACGACAUCGUUGUCAUACUCGUGAUUUCAUAACACGCCAUUUUCUUUGUGUGAAGCUGACCGAGAGAAAUUUCACUUACUGUUUUCUAACUAAUUCGAGGGCGCUUGUUUAAUCUCUGAUGCUAAAUCUCAAUUGUCGAGAUCGCGUGUUGACAGGUUUUCAAGCAUCGCAGUUAAACGGAUUCUAUUUUGUGUCUGUCUAAUUACACAUUAACCGCCAAAAACAACGUAUUUGGAACGUCUCCGAGCAAUGAUUUUUUUCAAGUAAUGUACAUACGUCAUUGCAAGGGGAGUACUUUUCCCAUUCACGUUCAAUGAUUCACUAAAAAAAAGUCAUCUACCCGUGACAUUCGGACCAGUGUUUUGCGUUCGCAUCGUUUUAUAGUGCGAUUUCACGUUCGUAGACUGUUGCAUGCUAAUAGGAUAUUUAUUUAAGAUCAAGAAAUAACUGUCUAACAAAAUAUUCAGUUUAUAAUUCUAAUUAUAAAAGUUCACAAUGGCUUCUCAUAAGAAACUACUGCUUAAGGUCAUUAUCCUUGGAGAUUCAGGAGUUGGUAAAACUUCUCUUAUGAAUCAGUAUGUAAGCAAGAAAUUUAGCAAUCAAUAUAAAGCUACUAUAGGUGCAGAUUUUCUUACCAAAGAAGUAAUGGUAGACGAUAGGAUAGUUACUAUGCAGAUUUGGGAUACAGCUGGCCAAGAAAGGUUUCAAUCUUUAGGUGUUGCUUUCUACAGGGGUGCUGAUUGUUGUGUACUUGUAUUUGAUGUUUCAGCACCUAGUAGCUUUAAAUCUUUAGACUCCUGGAGAGAUGAAUUCUUGAUUCAAGCUUCUCCUCGUGAUCCAGAUAAUUUUCCAUUUGUAGUACUUGGAAAUAAAGUUGAUUUAGAAUCCAAAGUGAUUCAUGGUAAGAAAGCACAGCAGUGGUGUCAGUCUAAAAACAAUAUUCCAUAUUUUGAAACUAGUGCUAAAGAAGCCAUCAAUGUUGAACAAGCCUUCCAAACGAUAGCGAAGAAUGCUUUAGCUCAAGAAAGUGAGGUGGAAUUAUAUAAUGAAUUCCCAGACCAAAUUAAAUUGACCAAUGACCAAAGAAACAAUGGCAAGGGUGAUUCUUGUGCUUGCUAGGUCUUGGAGUGGUGAAAAUUUUGGACAAGCACAUAGAUGCACAGGUCAGAUCGUACAUUCGCGUACCUGCGCAUUUUAGGAAAUACUACAUCGAGCUUGACGUGUUUUGGAAGUCUUAAGCAUGCACCUUGGUUUCUUUUACUUAGAUUUCAACCGAAAUAUUUUUAAAGCAUAUUUACAACGUUGAAAAAUUGUUUUCAUUGGAAUUAUGUGAAAUACUGAAAAAAAUAAAGAUAUAUGUAUAUAUGUAUAAGGAAAUUUAUAAGCAAUGCAUUUUAAACAAUAAAAUUAGACAAAUUUUGUACCAAGGAGCAUCCAUUUGGCUUCGUUACAUGAAAGACUAUGUUGUAUUUUAUAUCGUGUGUUUGUGUUGAUACUUGGCUCAUCCAGCAAUACGUUCAACACAUUAUUUCCGAAAAUUGUAAUGCUCUCUUAUUAGGUAUGGCGAACAGUAUGAGCUGCCCUUUUUAAUUGCAUCUUUACAGCUCAUUGUCGAUGUCCUUGUGGGGUAACACCACAAUGUUUUUGAAUCACAUAGAUAUAACUUAUGUUGGGAGGAAAAUUCAUGGGUCGGGAACACACUUAGCAUAACAAUUAGAUCAUCACAAGUUUGCUCAUAAUUCAUUAAGUACAAUCGCAUUUAUUGAGGAGCUCUAGAAAAAUUUUUGUGGGUAUAUUCGUUCGAUUAUUUAUCAAAUCUAACUUUCUGUCAAAUUAAAUGGAAACUUAUGUAUUUUUUAACAGGAUUGAUACAUAUACUGUAAAUAAUUUGAUGCAGUGGGAUUUUUAUUGAAACUUUGCGAUUAUUUAACUACCUCUGAAUUUUUCUAGCAAUGCAAACCUUUCUAAUUGUUAUGUCGCUCGAGAUAUUGCAGUUCUCCAAGAACAUUACAUACAUUGUUCGCAUAAAUUUAAAUAACUGUGAAUUUGUUUAAUAACAUCACAAUGUAUAUGUGAUGGUAUUGCACGAUCAUCUCAAUCUCAAAAGGCUAGUGCGUUUUCGAGAAAAAAAUCCCUUUUUAAAAAUAACUCAAUAAUUGGAUAAUUUGUUAUUUGGUACACUCGAUGCGCCCACAAUACUUGCAUAUUAGUAUUUUCGUGUAUCUUUAAAUUCCUCCCUAAGGUGAGAGUAGUGAGCCGCGUUGCAGUGAUUUUUAAACGUUUUAAUUCUAUGGAAACUAUUCAGAUGUAAUCAUAAAUUUUAUCAAAUAUUGUUUAAAAAGACAUUUUUAUAUUAAACAUAUCAUGCAGUGUAUAGUAGAUAUUUGAUGAAUUAUUUUUAAAAGUUAUAAAUCUUUGCUUUUAUUUUUCUCACAUUCAAUGUUAUUGCAUGUAUUAUACUUUCAAGAUUAUUUAGUUUGUCCAAAAGAAUUCAUUAAUAGUCAAAGGGCAAUUUUAUUGUCAUGUGCAAAUAAUUUUUUUUAUAAAUCAAAUUUUUCAAUGAAAAGACAUUUGUUGUACAGCAACUAUAUUCUAUUGAAUUAAUACGUUUAUAUAAAA